UAUCGGGCUCUGGCGGUGGUCCUCCCCGCCAACACAGGGCCGGCCAUGCUCAUUUGCCAUCACUUUCAAUCUCCACAUCAAGUAUCACCCAUCCCACUAAUAAAAAAUAUCCCCUUUCUUUCGAUUUCCAUUGAAGAACAAAUAUCUAUGCUUAAUUGGUGUUGAUGAUCAGUAACCACUAACCAAUUGAAUGCCCAUCAGGUGUUCGAUCAAAGUCCACACAGGAAGUAAGCAAGUGGUUUCGGUGAUCAGUAACUUUAAUACAAGUGUGAUACCCACCAGGUGUUCGAGGAAAGUCCACAUAGAACUAUGGAUUAAAAUUCAUAAAAUUUGGGUUAAAAUUGAAUCUUGAUUUGUGAAUAUGGUGUGAAUUGAGGAGUGGGUGUUGGGAAACAUCAUAGUAGGGCUCCAUUAAUUCAGUAGGAAGUAAGCAAGAUGUCUAUGGAUAUUUGGUUUCUAUGAUCAGUAACUAACUAGUAUCGGGUUUGGGUCGCAAUCGUGGGGUGUACCAAUCGAAUGCCCACCAGAUGAUGAUCGAUGAAAGUCCAAAGCGAACUACGGAAUAAAAUUUAUAAGUGUUGGAUGACAAUUAAAUGUUGAUUUGUAGUAUCGGGUAAUAAGUGUACCAAUGAAACGCCCACCAGGUGCUCGAUGAAAGUCUUAGGAGAACUAUGGAAUAGAAUUCAUAACUUGUGGACAAAAAUUAAACGUUGAUUUGUGAGUAUAGUGUAACUAGUAUCUUGUAUUAACGAAUACACGUUCUUGAGUCGUGAUUGUGUAGUGUAGUAGUGUACUAAUGUAACGCCCACCAGAUGUUCGAUGAAAGUCCUAGGAGAAACACGGAUUAGAACCCAUAACUUUUCGAUGAAAACCGAACGUUGUUUUGUAAACACAAUGUGAAAUGAAGAGUGGGUAAUGAAAAAAACAGGAAGAUAAAAACAAACCAUACACUUUUUUCUCUACUUUUGAGACCCAAAUAGAACUGUGUUUUUGCUUUCUUUGUUUUUGCACCAUUAAAGAUUCUCUCCAUGUCACACAAGUCAAAUGUAAAUCAAAAAAUAAUACUUUUCCCCCUUAUUUUGUGGGUGAACUACUGAAUAUGAAAUGUGAGUUGAGAGAAAGGUAGAGAAACAGCUCAUUAGAGCAUAUAUUCCCUCACCUCACAUAACCCCACAUAUGUUUCCUGAUAUAAAGACUAAUUAUAAGCUGCCACAUAAAUCUUGAACUAAAUUUAUGUGUUUGAUCACCAAUACAUACACACACACACACCUAUAUCCAUAAAAUGGAUCAUCAGCAUAUUCAAAAUCAAGAUUUUAAUCUGGUUUUAUCGAGCGAUGCUAAACCGAGACUCAAGUGGACUUCUGAGCUUCAUAAGCGUUUUGUCGAUGCAGUCGCUCUGCUUGGAGGCCCGGAGAAAGCAACGCCAAAAUCUUUGAUGAGGGUGAUGAGCAUUCAUGGGCUUACUUUGUACCACCUAAAGAGUCAUUUACAGAAAUAUAGGCUGGGAAAGAUUCAACCAUCACCGACUAGCAGCGGAAAUAUGCAAGAAGAGUUUGCGGAUGAUCAUAAGAGUGAUAUCACUAGUACUGAUCAUAACGAUGAAACCCCGAAUCAGAUUAACGACUUAAAGAUUGCUCAAGCUCUACAGAUGCAAAUGGAAGUACAAAGGAAACUUCAUGAACAAACAGAGGUACAAAGACAUUUGCAGCUAAGAAUCGAGGCGCAAGGAAGGUAUUUACAGUCAGUUUUAAGAAAAGCACAAGACACACUUGCAGGGUAUGAUUCAUCUGUCAUAGAAGUGGAAGUAGCAAAAGCUGAGCUGUCACAACUAGUUUCCAUGGUAGAUAACGGGUGCCCGGAUUUAAAACAUAAUCUUGAAGAAAACCCGAAACCGAAAUCAUCAUUAGAAAGCUGUUUGACAUCAUCCGAGAGUUCGGGAAGAAUUGAAAACGAUAAUCUUAUUUCGUCGUCCAUGGAGAUGACUGGAAUUAGUAAUUUUGGGUGUGGAAGGAAGAGAAGUGGGAGUACAGAUUCAGAUGGUAAUUGUUGUAAAAGAUUACAGAAAGAUAGUAAGAGUAAGAGGUUUGAUUUGAAUAGUCAGUGUGUGAAUGACUUUGACUUUGAGUCAAAGUCAAACACACUAGAUUUGAACUGCUAAGUGAGGUUAAGAGUAAACUUUUGGUGAUGGAUGAAAGGUUUUUAUAUUGAUUUGUAAAUCACUAAACCCAAAAUUUUAUAAUACAUGGGUAUGAGCAGACAUAUUAUAUA